AUGCCUGUUGACAAGAUCCGUGUCUCUGGUGAUGCUCGCUUCGAGUACAAGUCGGCUACGGUGAAUGGUCAUAAGUACGGCUACCUCUUCAGUCAACCUCAGUCGGGCAAGUACCGAGCUACGAUCUUCCUGAUCCAUGGCUUCCCAGACAUCUCUAUGGGAUGGCGCUACCAAAUCCCCAUGCUCGUAGACAUGGGUUUGCGAGUCGUCGCACCAGACUGCCUCGGCUACGGCCGAACGGACGCACCUGAUGACUAUACGCUUUACUCUCACAAACGCUGUGCCGACGAUAUCAAGGCUCUAGCCACUCAUCUCGGCGAGUCAAAGAUCAUCUUGGGCGGCCAUGACUGGGGCGCGGCACUUGCCUAUCGAAUUGCUCUCUGGCAUCCAGAAUUAAUCAGCCACCUUUUCACUGUCUGCGUGCCUUACGCCCGGCCUACGCCGACGUAUCUGUCACUCGAGGAUUUGGUGAAGAAUGCGGCUCCGAACUUGGCGUAUCAGUUGCAGUUUGCCAGCGGAGACGUCGAAAAAGCUGUUCGAUCUAAGAGUGAGAUCAAGCAGUUCCUCAGUGCACUUUAUGGUGCUCGGACGGCGAAGGGGGAGCUUGGAUGUGAUGUUAAUCAGGGCGUGUUCUUGGAUAAGUUGCCGGCGCUGAAGACUUCCCGUCUCUUGAGUGAAGAGGAACUGGAUUACUACGCGACCGAGUUCUCUAGGACUGGUGUCCACGGACCAUUGAACUGGUAUCGAACCCGCAAGGUCAACUAUGAAGAGGAACUGGCUAUUAUUGAUCGAAAGAUUUCUAUUCCUACUCUUUUCAUUCAGGCUCUGAGGGAUCCGGCUCUCCCGCCUCAUCUGGGUAACUCGAUGGCGAAGCAUAUCCCCAACUUGACUUUGAAACAGGUGAAUACUGCGCACUGGGCGAUGUGGGAGAAACCCGAGGAGGUGAAUAGUAUUAUUUCGACGUGGUUGAAGGAUGUUGUCUUUGCGGACAGGCGUUCGGGGAAACUUUGA